AUGAUCUCGCCGGCUAUUUACUUGAGUCUCGCUCUGUCCGUCCUCCUCAACACCUUUACUAUAGAAGCUUGGGCGCAAGCAGGCACCAAACUCCCCCCUUGCACCAACGGCCAGAUUCGGAAAGGCGACAAAGCCUCUCUGGUCCACUGCGAGUGCUUUAAGGGGGACCAGAAAUGCAGCACGCAGUGUCCCGUCAGCUCGCAGCCCCCCGGGUCGCCAUGCCCGGGCAACCUCCUCACGCAACUCCACCUCAAUGACUGCACGCACCACUGCCAGGCCGACACGAACCAUGUCUGCUCCUCCUGCGGGGUGUGGUUCCAUUCGCUCUGCACGUGUCUGCAAACAGGCACCUGCGUGCAGCAAUACGCCAACCCGGCGCCCGGCGCGGCCUACUGGGUGAAGACGCCGGGCGGCGAUCUGGCGACCGUCACGGUCCCCGUCGCAGACAUUCUCGCCCUCGAGAUCGAGCAUCCCCAGCUGGCCGAGGAGGGGUGGGACUUCGGUCAGACGGCGAAGGUCUCGAACCCCGCGACGCAGGCCCUGGUGAUCAACUCCGUGCACUCCAUCACCCACAACCAGAUCCACAUGCACCUGUGUCCGCUGAACCGCGAUAUGCAGAAGCUCCUGACCGGGCUCGUCACGCCGAAGACGCCCCUGUCCCAGUUCAAGAGCCGCCAACCGGUUCGCCUGACGCCGCAGUUUGGUGGUGCGCUCAUGUAUUGUCAGGCGGUGCAGGGCAAGAAUCAACAGAUUUCUGGGAAGGUAAUGUCCAAUAAUAUCAAGGCCGUGCGGGAUGACAAGAGCCUCUGCGACUAUGAGGUUGGGGCGGCGGUGUUGAGGGACUCGAAUGGUAUUACCUGGGGGUGUGUCACGGCUGAUCGGCUCAGCACGGAGUAUAAACGCUUCUGUGCUUGA